AUGGAAAAUACUGAUGGAAAAAACAAUGAAAAUAACAGUGUAGCUUCUCUGUAUAAAUUUAACAAGGAUUACAUUGAUGAACACUCGAUUGUAACAAUUAUUCUUAGUGGUUUAUCACUGGUUGGAACAUUAGGUAACACAAUGGUGGUUUUGGUGUAUGUGAUUAUCCGAGAAAAGACAACUCACAAUGUUCUCAUCCUGACUUUAGCAGUGGCUGACCUCUUAGUGUUUUGUAUAGCCAUACCUCUGGAGAUUACAGAGAAAUUAUAUCACUUCACACUGCAUACUGCCGUAUCAUGCCAGUUAUCGAGGUUUAUAAGUUACUUGUUCGUUAUAAUUUCUGCAACUGUUUUACUGCCCAUUACAGUAGAUCGUUACAGACGUGUUUGUCAUCCAUUCGGAAACCAGAUUUCUCGUAGAACCUCUGCAAUCAUCAUUGGUACUGUGAUAUGUAUUUCGGUGCUAUUUUCUUUGCCAAAUAUUGUUUUGUGGAAGGUGAUGGCCAUUGAUUUACACCAUAACGGUAGUGAAAAUGUAACAGGACACAUUUGUGUAAUACAUUCUUAUUAUGAUCACACUAUUUUACCAGUUGUUUACACUUGUGGAAUAUUUUUAUUAACUAUAUUACAAGUUAUUGUGAUUUCAAUGCUAUAUGUCUUCAUAGGCAGGAAAAUCUUUGCCCAUAUCAAAUUCCGAGAAAAUUUUCACAGAUAUAACAGUGACAGUGCAGACAAAUCUGAUAAGAGACAGUACUCUGAACAUGGUGAAUCACCAAGAAAGAUUACGAAAAUUGCAUUUAUAAUAGUAGUGGUAUUCAUUCUCAGUUAUAUUCCUACUACCAUUGAUAAGAUCGCUGAUACAGUCUCGCUUCACCAUCAGCUGGAGUCUGACAGUUCUAAUAGUAACAUUGCAUCGAUUGUUGUAAGAACAUCUUAUUGUUUAAAUCAUGCAGUAAACUUUGUAGUGUUAAAAACUUCACAAACUAAUAUGAACAUUGCUAAUAAAGAUUAUUCCAAAUGA